CAUUAUUAUUACAUUCUACACCUAUAAAUUUCUGACAAUCCAGUUAUCUUUUGAGUACUAGUGAUAAAAAAAUUGAAUUUUGUUUACUUUGACUUAUUCCUUUUCUCUUAAGUCUAAAAUGGAAAGUCAAGCAAAUGAAAUAUCUACUGCUGCAAGUGAACAAGAAAUAUACUCUACAAAAUGCACAAAGUUUGACCCGUUGUGGGUUCAAGUUUUGAUAAACUUGAGGAUGAAACACUCGAAAAUGUUUACUAGACGAAGAAACUCAGCAUCUGAGGGUUGGAAAUUCGUUUUUGAGGAACUUAAACAAUCAGGUGCUCCUGAAUAUAUAACUAUAAUGAAAAUAAAAAAGAAGUGGAUGAAUUUGAUGACACGAUAUAGGCAAAUAAAAAAUACUACUUUGAACCCUGAAACCAUAACUUGGCCAUACUACGAACAAAUGGAUAGAGCUUUUAGUAGGGAAAUAGAAACAGAUUCCGAAGGAAAAGCUAUGGAUACAUCCUUAAAUCCAUCUUUAAGCAACGAUGAAAGGCAAUGUUUUAUGAAAAAAUUAAUAGAAUUGCGAUAUGUACACAGGCACUUAUUUACUGGUAGAAAAUACACUGCCAGAGAUGGUUGGAUGAUUAUUCAAUCUCUAUUACAAUGUCAAGGAAAGUAUUCCAUAGACCAACUAAGUAAAUGUUGGCAAAACUUGGUGCAACGGUACAAACAGUUGGCGAAAGGAGAGUCUACAGAUAACAUAACUUGGCCGUAUUUUGAAUAUAUGCACAGAUGGUUCAAAGAUAACAAGUUUCAAGAUUUAAAAAUGGAUACAACCGCUAGCGAAAGUAUUAUUGAAGGCGAAGAAAAAGACGAAGAACUCCACCAAAAAGAUACUAUGGUAGAAACGCCAGUAAAGAAUAAUCUUUCUUUGGAUAGAAUAAAAAUACAAUUGUUGACUGAAAUAAAAGCACAACAAGAAAAAAACCAUCUUGUGGUGAUGGAAGCUUUAAAGAAUAUUUCCAAUCAAAUGGAUAGUAAUCAAUUGAAUAGUUUGAAGAAUGUUGAGUAUGAAUGUACCCCGAUAACUGUGAAAUAUGUAGGUGAAUAGUUUUAGUGAUAUUAUAAUUAUUAGCUUCGUUUAGUAUAAAUAAAACACUACACUUUAA